AGGAUAUUUAUUAAUGACGAAUGGAGUUGAUUCAUCUUUCCACUUCAUGCACGGCGGUGUUGAUUCAACCAACCGCCUGUUGCUCCCGCGAAUAUUUCUGGGGCCCUGUUGUGUGGGUUACUGGUGCAAAAACAAGGUCGACAGGUAUACCGAAUAGACACAGAGACUCAAAUGUGAUAUGGACAUUCAAAUUGCUACUGUACGUCAACAAUGUUGAAACAGCUAGUGUCAAGGUUCCUACAACUUAAGUGCAACUCAGAUGUGACAAUGAACAGGGAUGAUGAAAUCUGUUGGUACCAUGGAAAGAUAUCUAGGGAAGCAGCUGAACAGCUUCUGCUCCAAGAAGAUGAAGUGGAAGAUGGCUACUUUUUGGUCCGUGAAAGCAACACAGCUGCAGGGGAUUAUGUGCUGUCAGUUCAGUAUCAAGGACAAAUAAUUCAUUACCAGAUAAGAAGACACAAUGAAGAUGCCUUUUUUUCCAUAGACGAACACACCAUAAUCCAUGGGCUUGAAACUCUCAUAGAGCAUUAUCAAGAAGCUUCACAUGGAUUACUGUGUAAGCUUACAAAAGUGUGUAAGAAGGAUCCACCACCUCAUGAUUCAAGGCGACAUGGAAGGAUGAAUCUUCUUCAUCGAGCCACAAAAGAAGGGAACUAUACAGUUGUAUCUGAACUUCUAAAAUGUGGCUAUCGCAGCCUAGAAGCCAAAAAUCAGGAUGGACAGACAGCUGUUCACCUGGCGAGCCGUAUGGGAAAAGAUGAAAUUCUCAAAAAACUCAUUGAAAGUGGUGCUAACAUAAAUUGUAGGGAUACUGCUGGAUACACUCCAUUGCAUUAUGCAUGUCAGAGCAACCUCCCAAAUACUGUUCGGAUCCUUGUACAGAUUGGUUAUGCAAAUGUACAGGUUCGAAAUACGGAAACAGGCUGGGUUCCUCUCCAUGAAGCAGCAAGCCGUGGUCACAAGGAAGUGGUUCAAGUCUUGCUUUCCCUUAAUGCACCUCUCAGACCGAGAACCUUAGCAAAUGACACUCCUGCUGAUCUAGCUAGAAGGAACAAUCAUAUUGAAUGUGCAAAGAUAUUGUUGAACUAUAAGUGUCCUUUGCCUAAGACACAAAAGAAAGAGUGGUACCAUGGCACAUUAGAUCGAAGUGAAGCAAUUGCUCUUUUGAAAGAGUAUGGUAACAAGGAUGGCACUUUCCUGGUACGAUACAGUGAUCGUAAUGGUGGAAUGUACGUUCUGACUACAGUUCAUGCUGGACAUCCAUAUCACUUUCAGAUUCAGAUAAAGGGAUCUUAUUGUUUCAUUGAUGAUGGCCCAUAUUUGGACUCUCUGGAACAUGUAAUAGAGCACUACAGCACUAUGUCAGAUGGUCUACCUACAACACUGCAGAUUCCUGUUCCUCCAAAACCAAAACCGCCAGUACCUGAAAUGCCAGCAAAUUUUUUGGCACUGAAUGGGUCUGCCACUAUGCCAUGCCGGAAACUGUUGAAGAGGUCUCCAAAUAGGAGUCACAAAGUAUCACCAGUGUCAAGUGCUGCAGCAUCACCUGUAAACAGUAGGCGCGGCUCUCUCAAUUCUGUGCUGCCCAGUUGCAAUGACAUACAGUCUCCUUCAAUUGAAACAAACCAUUGUCUUGAUUUGUUACACUUAAGAUCAAUGAAAGGUCCCGAGCCGCGGCAGCAAGAGCUAAUACCCAGAGAAUCUUUAAAACUGGGUGAAGUUCUUGGUGAAGGGGAAUUUGGUGCAGUCUACCAAGGAACGUACAUGCACCCAGAUGGAACUGUGGAAAAAGUUGCUAUCAAGACUUUACAUCAGGAGCAUGUGGAAAAAAAUCGUGAUGAAUUUUUGCGUGAAGCGAGAGUAAUGAUGAAUCUAAACCAUCAUUGUGUUGUAAGACUUAUAGGAGUCUCCAUGGGGCCACCACUUCUGAUGGUUCAGGAAUUAGUUAAGUUACGUUCAAUGUUAGAAUUUUUGCGGAAUUUCCCUGAGAAAGUUAAUCCAAAUUAUGAGCUUAAAUUAUGGGCUUCCCAAAUUGCUUGUGGUAUGAAAUACCUGGAGGAACAACGAUUUGUCCAUAGAGAUUUAGCAGCAAGAAAUAUCCUUCUUGCUUCAAGACAUCAAGCAAAAAUUAGUGAUUUUGGCCUAUCAAGAGCUUUGGGAGGAGAUCAUGAAUAUUACACAGCAACGCAGGGAGGUAAAUGGCCAAUUAAAUGGUAUGCACCAGAAUCAUGCAAAUACGCAACGUUUUCACACGCUAGUGAUGUGUGGAGCUUUGGGGUGACCUUAUGGGAGAUGUUUUCCUUUGGAAUGCAGCCAUAUGGUGAAUUAAAAGGUACUGAGGUAAUAGAGUUGAUAGAAAGAGGAGAACGUCUUAGCCAGACACCGCAGUGUCCAGAUGAGGUCUACAAAAUCAUGAAACGGUGCUGGGAGUAUAAUCCCAAGGAUAGACCCACAUUUAAUGAACUGCUAGAAAUAUUUUCCUCUGAUCCUGAAUAUAUAAAUAUCAAAGAACUUGUAAUGGAAGCAACAAUUGUGUGAAUACUUUAAAGUAAACACAUUAGUGCCAUUUGAGAUUCUUGCUGAUUUUGUAGAAACAUUUUGUAGUUUCUACAUAAUAUGGCAGAAGUGUCAUUAUUGAAAGGUAUUAUUUUUUUAAUUGUAUUUAUAUGUCUAUGAUGGCAGUAUAAGAAUGUCAGCUGGGAGAGGAAGACAAAAGUUAACUGUAGGACUUGUAAUUUAUGAUGUACUGAAACAUAGACUCUCAUAUAACAUGGAAGUACCAUGGACUUCAGUGUGUCAAGUUCAGUAAUAUUGCUUCUGGCAGUAUACAUCAGACCACUUGAAAUGUUUUAUGGAACAAUGUCAUAAUUUGUCUUCUCAUAUACUCCCAGUAAUUGAAACUAUUGCAUCAUUCACUGAAGAGCAUUUCUGUGAUAAAGUUUCUUAGCUUUAAUAAUGGUACAAUUUUAAAAUUGUACAUAUUGUAAAAUGUUAUUUACAUUUUAGAUAUACAGUAUAUUUUGGUAUUGUUGCUGCAGAGUCAGAAAUUUAUCCAUUUAUAUUUACAUAAUCCGUAAAAAAUACAAAGAUAAAUAAUCAUUAUUGCAUUCCUGAACUGCAUGUGUGUGUGUGUGUGUGUGUGUGUGUGUGUGUGUGUGCAAAAGAGGGUGAACCCCAUGAAACAUAAACUGAUGUGUCUUUCCAUAUGCCACCCUUUUAGUGUUCUAUCGUUUCCCUGAUUACUUUCACUGCUGAAAAAACAAAACCAAAAACAAAAGAAAAAACUUUUCUCGCUCUGAUAAAUUGUUAUUCAGGCUUUUCCCUUAGAUUUUUCUAUUCAGUUUUAUCUUUUUCUCGUAAUGUGUGAAAUUAUCAGAGGCCAGUAAGCCAUUACAGUUUGACUUUUUAUGUGCUGAACUAUGUUUCAAUGAUGUACAGGUAAUGCAUGUUAUAGUGUCAGAGUGAGUCUCAUGGCUCUAAAUCAGCCACUUUUUUCACAUCUUUUCUCUGAAGUCUGCUGCUGUAUAUUUUGAAGAAUGAGAGAGAGAGAGAGAGAGAGAGAGAGAGAGAGAGAGAGAGAGAGAGAGGCAUUAGUAGAUAAAAGUAUUGAUCUGGGCAUUGAGGUGUACUUGGAUGACUCAGGCAGAUUUUAAUCUGCCAUGGCUUUUAAUUAAUUUUUAUUGGAUUAUAAUAUAUCUUGUGUAGUGUGAAAAAAAUCACAUUGCCAUAUUGUGCACGAUCAGUAAUAAUAAUGAUUGCAUUCCCACCAACUAUACAUACUAUUGUGUUUUUCUGCCCAGUGGCUGAAAAAAUAUCCUCCGUUAAGACAUUGUAUUGUGCCAAUAUGUUUGUCUUUUUGUGACUGAAUGAGUGGAGGUGUAACAUUUUCUUAAGUUGUAGCUUGAUUCUUCUCCUUUGCUUUUUCAUUUAGAGAUUUCAUUGGGAGUACCACCUUGUUACUAACAUUGUUAAUUAUCUGUUGGAAGCAAGAGAUAAAUUUUAACAUAUAAUUGAUAGCUUAUGAUGGUUUGUCUCACCUGCAAGAGUCUGUUUGUUUUUAAAUUUUUCCUUUGCCAAAAGUUGCAAUAUAUGAGCCAUUAAGAUGAGUAUUGUUAAUGCAGUGCAAGUAUUGCAGUAAUAAUUUCUUUUCCAGUAAUAAUAUUCAUUCUGCUUAGGCCAUUGCAACUUAAUUUGUGUGAUUUUUGUAUUGUUUUCAGUUAAUGAACUGAAUCAUUAAAACUGCAUGUUAAUUCUUUGCAGUAGCAAAUAAUUGUCUUUUAUAAGUGUCAGUAUAAAUAUUUUUAUGCCCUUUAUAUUCAACAUGAAACCUUUCUUUCAUGAGGCAGUUUCACAUCUAAAGAUGUUAGUUUUUGUUGUAAUUUUGACUACAUAAUAAAGGAACACAGUAAUAGUCAGAAAGUAUUCUAAUAAUGGUCUGAUUCUCCAACAGUUAUGUGCAACUAUAUUAUAACUGAAGAAUUCUCUGCAUAACCUUUGAAUGAAUUAUUGCGAUGGUACAGGACAAUGUUUCAAUAUUUGUGUAAUUCCUUAAAUCAGAUUUAUAGUGAGCAUCACUCGCACUGCAUCAAAUGAUAUGUAUCUGCAAUUUUGAUGGCUUGUGGACAGACCUGUACUUUGCAAAUGAACCAAAAUACAGGGUGGGCCUACAUGUUUUCUUUUUGACAACGAUAGGACUUGCAUAUUUGUGGCUUGUGAUAAUGAAAGAAUAAAGCACUAAGUUUUUAUUACGACAUCAAUAAACUUCAACAAGUGCUCUGUUUGUUGCUCAAAGAAUAUCUAAUUGAUAUUUAUCUCACAACAUACAGCAUUUGACAACAUUCCUUGUGUAACACCAGCAACAGCAUCUGUUAUCCUUCCACUUAAUGUAUCCAGUCAGGUACUUGUGUAGUGUAAACUUUGUCCUUUACAUAUCCCACAAAAAGAAAUCCAAAGGCAUUAUGUCUGGUGAUCUUGCACGCCAGUCAAUGGGACCACAUACCCAAUACACCUUAACAGGAAAUGUUUCAUUAAGAAAACUUGUAACAUGUAGUCUUCAAUGAGGUGGCGCAGCAUCGUGUUGGAACAUCACAUCAAGCUGUGAGUCUCUCAGUUGUGGUUCUGCAGACUGUUCUAAAUAUCCUGACAGAUGUUAGCUGUUAAUGAUUUUUUGACAAAAAAAAGAAAGGGCCAAUGACUGUUGUGCAUCACCACAUCUCUAAUGUGAUUUAAGGCAAUGUAUGGACUUUCCAUACCCCAUAUCCUCAAAUUGUGCAUGUUAACUUUACCUGGUAUAUGGAAAGUAGCCUCAUCUGUAAAACAAAUUCGUUAAAGAGAAACUGACAGUAUGUCUGUCACAAAAACUGCUCGACAUGUUCCACCACUUGAUUGUAACGCAAGUCGUAUCUGGACCUUAUAUGCAUGCAAAUGCACCCUGUUGGGUAGAAUUCUUCACACUAUGGUCCUAGGAAACCCAAAUUCACAAGGUGUGUGUUGAGUACAUUUGGAAGGUCUUUGUAAGAAUGCCUGUUGCCUAGCUCUGACACUUUGUUCACUAGCAAAAUGCUGCCCUGUUCGUGGAAGAUCCAACAUCGAACACACUGCCACUCUGUUUAAACUUCAUGCACCACACAACAAUACUCCUUAUAUCAGGCACUUUUCUUUUCUAGUGUCUUCAAAAUUUUUGCUGCGCAGUAAUUGGAAAUUUUGUCUCAUGAUACCAAAGAACACUGUGCUGCCGUCUCCUCGAGUGACGCAGUUUUACAUUGACAGCAAUUAUAGUGCUCUCUACUCAGCUUCUACCUGCAACAAAGAUAUGCAAACAAACUUGAUGAUUUAUUCUUUCAUUUGUCACAAACCACAAAUUUGUAACUUCUAUAGUUUUUUUAAAUAAAUAUAAGACCCUUAAUAUAUAAAUAUAAGACUUCAGCCCCAACCUUUUAUUCCACGUUCCAGAAAUUAAAAUUAACAAUUACAAUACAAGACAUAAUUCCAGUGGUUUUUGGGGUGUUUUAAUAAUUGUACAGCACUGCUCAGUGUUUUAUUACCAUGACCACUUUUCAAUUUGGAGUUUAGAUGAGUCAUCAGGAAAUGCAUUAUUUGUUUAUUGUAAUAUUUUUUAUCAUUGUUGUAGAUUAUUUUAAAAAUCAUCUUUGCUAAAUGUGAACAGUAAUUUCAAUACUUUCAUGGCUUUUAUUUGACAUUAUAAAUUAAUAUCUCAGAAAUAUUGUGAAAGCCAAUAGUUUGUAUAAAUAAUGUUGCAUUGUUAAUGUUUUUACUCAUUUUUUAAAUCCAGUUUCAUUGUUAUAUAUUCAUAAUUCCUGUGAUUGCACUCUGUCUCAAAUUUGAAUUUUUUACUUCUUGUAUACUGCAGUUAUUCGACAAAUGGCAAAUUGCAUAUGUUAUUGUUAAAAUAUUUGUGAAUGUUAUUAUUUAUGACAAUAUAGCUUCCGAUUUUAAGAUUAAUUUGAAGUCAUUGAACAAAUUACUAUUGGAAGGAGUUUCACUACAACUAGUGAAAUUUUAUAUGAUUUAUUUGCAGGCCACAUUCCAACUGUAUUUAUGUGUGACUAUUCACUGUGAUGUCAUUGUAAUAAAUGGUUAAUAGCAAAUAAUGUUGUUUAUGGAAAAGCAGAUUUGCAUGUAUUGUUUUUAAAAUAAAACUGAUGUCUCCAUGAAAA